AUGGCCAUGCCAGGCAUGGCAGGCCGCUGCUUCUUUGCUCUGAUCCUGGCGCUCUUGUGCCCACCUGCGGGUGCCGAGAGCUGCGCAGCCACCACCUCGGGGCCGAUGAUGCUACAAGCAAGGCGGAGCCAGCUGAACAAAAGCAAGUCGACUGAGGCGGUCAUGGCGACCAUGGGCCUUUGGACAAAGGACAUCUCGGCUCUCCGUGGCGGUUCCUGCGAAUAUGCCGCAGUAUCGCAAGGGGGUCUGCAGUCGCCAGCGGCGACGAGCAAGUACCUGGCGUCUCGCGCGGUGUGCAUCGCCAACCCGGAGAUCUACGGCAAUGGUGCAGCCUGCGGUUCCUGCUGGAAGGCUCACCGUGAGGGCCAGGGCAGCAUGGUGGUGCAGAUCAUUGGGUCGCAUGGAGGCUCCGACCUUGGCUGCUUCUUCGAUGCCUUCCGCACCAUCUCGGGUGCAGACUCCGGUACUUUCGAGGUGAGCCUGGAGCCAGUCCAAUGCGAGGUAGCGGACGCCGGUCCAGUGGCCACAAUCUUGGAUGGCAACAACGCCUGGUAUACCAGAGCCAUCUUCAGCAACCUGCCCUAUGCCGUCGUGAAAGCUUCGAUUUCGGUGGACGGUAAGGCCACGGAGAUGCAGCGCGUCUCGGGAGCAACUUGGCAGGCCAAUCUUGCCGGUGGGGGCUCUCGGGCCUCCUUUCGUCUGGGCCUCGAGCAUGCGUUGGAGGUAUCCUUCGGCGACUGCUUCAGCUCCUGGCCAGUCGCGACGGGAAGUUCCUGCUCUGUCUCAAGCUCCCCAACCCCAGGCCCAAUACCGGCACCGAGCACGACCAGCAAGGCCCCCACUCCCUCUCCGACAACCCAACGGGUCACCACCCCAGCUCCGAUCGAAACGACGCGGCCGUCCUCAGCCUGCGCGGCCCCUGGUGUAGACUGCCGCAGUGCUGGCUGCUGCGAGCAAGCCGAGCACACCUGCUACGAAAAGGACGACUUUUGGGCAGCCUGCCGUCUAAGCUGCGAGCCCGGCAGCCUGAACCCAACCGAUCCGGAGGACUUUCGCACGCCUUGGACCUGCAAGGUCCUCGAUAAGAACGGCCCGUCGCCGCAGCCGCAACCACAGCCGCAGCCACAACCGCAGCCGCAGCCAGUACCGUCUCCAAAUCCAGGGUGCCGGAGAGCUUUGUGGUGCAAAUGA